AUGAUCCACAGUAUCCACGGCAGCAUCGUCCCACUCCACCAAUACCCACGAACCAACACUACUCGACGACACAGAAAACCGCGACAACGAGGAGGAGGACAAAAAGGAGCUCAGAAGAGGGACGCCUCGUCCACCGUCACCACCAUUGCCACCCACAUUACCACCACAACCACCAUAACCAACGCCUCCUCCACCUCCUCACGCCGCUCCUCCAAGUCCUUGUGCACCAGGCCCAGCACCAGCGACCGCGACCGCGACUGCACCCUGCAGGACCGCUCCAAGUCCAUGUCCACGCCGCCGCUGCCGCAUCCGCAUCCGCAUCUGCAUCCUCGCACACUGGCCGGCCUUCUCUUCUCCCGGUGUCAUGCCCCCCUCCACCCCUGGCUGCUGUAUGAGCGGUACAGAACAGAGAAGCUCCUGGUGUGGUGCGCGAUGCAGAAGAUCAGUGAGGAGGAGACACAGCAUUUGAUGCACCCCCAUCGUCUACCCUGCACUCCUCUCCCACGUCGCCGAGGCCUUCUGCGUGCGCAUCUCCCUCGCAAAGCGCAUCAAGGAUGGCCUUGCCUGCCCGACUCUGCCGCCGACAUGUACGGGCCCAGGAUCCACGUCCUGAGCCCGUUCUUGAGCGGCAACAUCCCCUGCCUUUGCGCCCGCACUCAGCAAGUUCAUCCUGCCCCUGCACCCCGACUUGGGUCCAUGCAGGAGAGCGGCUCCUCACCCUCACACGACCCCUCCUCCACCGACUCGCCGUUACCGUUGCUAGAUGAACCCAAGCGCGACGACUCAAAAUGCACCCUGCGCUCUGGUCAGACGCACUACAUGUGCUUGAAUGUGUCAACAAGGAGGGCAAGGGCAAGCUGGUGGCAAAGAGACAAGACGGGAAAGGGAGGGCUGAUUGUUAUGAGGCUCACUCGCACACUCACUCUUGUGCUCAACCCGCUUGAUACCACGGCCACUUGCCCACAUCGUCCAUGUCCCCUUCCUGUUACCUGCUUGCCCCGCUUUAUUCAUUCGAGCCCCUCCUUCAACCUGCUUCCCCUUGACCCCCCAACAGUGACCUUGCCGCCCUCAACACCACGCCCGGCUGUCCGCUCAGACCAAGCAACCCCGCCACCCAGCGCCUUCAUGCUCAUCCCCUCGACGAUUCAUGAUUCCAUCCUUUCCUUAUGCUGCGUAGCUGCCAAGACCCCGUGCAGGCUCAGCCCAUGCACGCUUACCCUCGUAGUCUUCCCUUCCGCUGUCAAUGUUACCACUCUCGACGUCACACACGCUCGCCACCCAGGGCUGCCGAUCGCAUUGAUCGCAUUGAAUGUCGCCCCCUCAAGCCCACUCACCCUCGAGCCCACUCACCCUCGAGCCCACUCACCCUCGAGCCCACUCACCCUCGAGCCCACUCACCCUCGAGCCCAUGCAUUCAUCCUUGCCUGCGACCCACUCAUCCGCUCGCGCGCUCUCCUCGCCCACCUGCUCACCUCGGUCGACAGCACACCCGUUCAGCCGCUUUCCCUCACGCCCACUUUCGGUUACGGCCAGUUAUUUGCCAUCUCGCACUUGGCCACGAGCAGCCUUAUGGACCUGGUGUCCAAACACACUGUGGAGGCCAAGACCAGCGGGAUUGAGGGGUGGUGUGGGUGA